AGUAGACAAACAGUUAGCAGUUGCUAGUCAUAAGAAAAAUAUUAAAAGUUAACGCAAGAAGUUAUUAAAAAAAAAUAAAGUAAAUAAAUAAAUCUCAGAAAAAAAGUGAAGAUGUGUACAACAUCAUGUACAAUAGAAUUUGAAAAUGCCAACCAAUGUUAUCGGCCCGGUGAAGUUAUCAAAGGUCAAGUGAUUUUUAAUGUUAAUGGUACCAGUACUAUAGUAAUAAAAGCUUUAUCACUACAAUUCGCGGGGUUUGCUUGUACCAGAUGGGAAAAACCAGAAAAAGUUAAAAAAUCGCAAAAACAAAAACCUAAAAUUUAUAUAGAAAAUAGAGAAGAUUAUGUGUCUACUACAAAUUAUUUAAUUGGUUCAGAAAUGGCUAAUCUCAAGCCUUUAGAACCGGGAAGAUAUACCUACAAUUUUAUGGUACACAUACCACAAAAUGUGCCCUCCACAUUUGAUAGUCCUUUGGGUUUUAUACGUUAUGAGUUAACAGUUAAUGCUGAUUAUUCCGAUCAUAUAGAACAAGUCUAUAACUCAGCUAUACAUAUUGAACAAUUAAAGGAUUUAAGACUAUUAGAUGCAGCUGUACAAUUGCCCGAAGAAAAAGAGCAAUUGGAAAAAAAGUCCUGUUUAAAAUUCUGGCAAAAGCCGCUACAUCUUUAUGUCAGUGUACCACAAAAAGCUUUUAUAGCCGGCGAAUGUAUCUGUGUUCAUAUAAAACUAACAAAUUUGGCCAAAUUAAAACUUAAUUCUAUAACCAGUAAUUUAAAUCGUAUAGCUACCUAUAAAGGUUUUAUAAAUGAAAAAACGCCACAAACCACAACCGAAAUUACAACAAUUGCCUCAAAUAUUCAUAGUUUAUAUGGUCAAAAUUCAAAUAUCAUACAACAUUUACAGCAAAUUUUUAUACCACCAGUCCCGCCCACUAUGGCCUUUGAUGAAUGUAGGUGCAUAGGUUUACAAUAUGAAUUGGAAGUUUUGGUAAAAUGUCAAAAUAAAAAGAGAUGGGUUAGAACUACAAUACCCAUUUUAAUGGGUACUGUAUCGCUGAAAAGUGAUGUUAAAAUUGUGCCUCUUAAUAUGACCAUGUACAACAAUAAUAAUGUGGCUUCAAUAACAGUCGCUAAAUCAAUGGAAGAGUUGACUUUGCCAUCUGUAAUGGAUAUGCAGCCGAAUAUCGUUGUUAUGCAAGCGACACAAAUCAGUGCUUCGAUGGGAUCUUUGACAUCCACUUUCAAAGAAGCUGAAUUUAUGACUGGUGUUCAGUUGAAUAAAAAAACUCGACAUCAAAUUACUGGAGAUUUAACAGAUUUUAAGCCAAAAUAUUUAUAUUAUGAUUUACCAGAGGAACUACAAGAGAAUCUACAAGACGAUAUACCCACAACUAGUCAACUAAGUAGGGAAAAUAAUGAAUAUACAGAGAAGAUCGAAAUGUUAUGAUUGACGAUAUAAUCAUAUUAAUAAAGAAUUUAUAUUUAAAAUUUUUAUAUAAAAAAUA